AUGGCGGCGACGCGUACGGUCGACUUGUACGGCGGUGCUAUGCGCAUCAGCCUCCCUCAGGCGAUGAUCGACGUCUCUGACUUCCGCCAGGUGCCGGAUAACCAGGAGGUGUACACGGACGCAGACACGGGCGCCUCCGUCAUCGUGGAGCUGCUCAGUCGGCAGACACAUGUCUGCAACUCCGAGGCCGGGGCCUUCUUUUAUCACGACCUCGCGAAGGACAACGGGUGCGCACCGGAGGGUAUCUCUCAGGAGGAAACCUGCACGCUUCCACCGUCGGCGUACCCGCACCUGGCCACAUCGGCUGCAGCAGUUGUGUCCGCCGAGUGUGGGUCGGUGGCACCGCAGUCGUGCGAUUUCGCGUGCCUCACGACAGGGCUGCAGCGCAUCUCCAAGUAUACCAAUGAGAAGGGGAAGGAGAAUCUGGUCUUCGUUGGCCUGGCGGUGUUGCGAUUCACGCCGCCUGUAUCGACGGAAAUACUUGUGUCGGUGUCUUGCCCGGCUUGGCUGCACCAUGAGAGCUCGGAUGCGAGGGUGGUGAGGCGACUGCUCACCGAGCAGGAGCGCUUGCAGCUGCUGCACACGGCGGUCGCCUCGCUGGAGGUUCUCGAGUGGAGCCUGUUCGUGCCUGAGGAAGGGUAG